AUGGUUGUUGAUAAUCCCGAGCCUAUCUCUGCUGUUUUUGGUCUGUUUGAGGAUUAUACUCCUAUGGAUGAAUUGAUUGGAGAUAGUGAUGAAGAUGAUGAAGAGGAGGAUGAAGAGGAAGAUGUCAAAGAUGAGAAAGUAUACUCUGCGAGUAGUCAUGGUUCAGGUAAAGAUAAUGAUGACGAUGAUGCUCAUGGUGGUACAGGGUCGAAAGUAUCUGAAGCUUCUGCUGAACAGAAUGUUGAUAAUUUGAUGAAUGACUCUGUGAACGAAGAAUCAGGGGGAGCUGAUAGACAGGGGGAGUCAGGUGAUGCAGAGAACGUUCAACAAGCUGAGAAAUUGAUCUUGAGGUUAGAUACUUAUCGUGAAGAAGGAGAGCAUUUCCAUACUUACACGUUGGAAGCAAUUAAGGAAAUGACUCGCGUGAUGGAUCCUGACUUUAAAUUCGAUUUUGAAUAA